AAGUUUAAAAUGUAUUUGGCGGAUACUUUUAGUUGUAUCUGACGGUUAGCAGUGAAUGACGGUUGUCGCGGGAGAUUCGUGGGUUCUCACUGCUGUCGGUUUUUGGAAUAAAGUGUGUUUGAAACAGCGAUCGACUUCAGUGCUCGCCGGUGUUUUUUAAAAAGAAAAAAUAAAUUAAACUUCAAAUCCUCGGCGGCUUAUAUACCAAGUGUGGAUAGUGCUUCCCAUUGUGAGUGCCGGAUUUUGCGUCCGUUUAUCUGCCCCCCUCAGAAUUCGCCUCCCACUGAGGCGCGCAACAGUUGUCUUCGAAGGGCCGGGGCCGGCGAGCAAAGCCAAAGAAUCUGUAUGGAUUUGAUAUCCGUGUGUUUUCAAAGAAGUUUCAAACAAGAAGUUGGGUUUGUUAUUGGAAAGUACAAGCACUCCAGCAACGGCCAGCACACAUAGACACACACUCCACUCGAUGCGGCCGAGCCAACAAAUCCCCAACAAAUCUUAAACCAGUUUUAAGAUACAUAUUCUUGGUGUCAGUGUGUGCAUGUUGAUUUUUUCUGGCAUUGUUUUCGUUUUGUGAGCUGCUGGCUCUGCAUCUUUUUUGUGUACCCUUUUCGCCCGUUUUUCCACCGCCGCCGCCGCUCUAGCCGCCGUUUUCCCCCCUAAUCGCGUUUCCAUUUUCUGGCCGCCGUCCAGGCCUGGGGUUUGGAGUUGGUGUUUGAGGUCCAGCAGAGCAACAAGUACCCCGGCCAAGUGCCAGCCAGCCAUCCAGCCCAAUCGAGGAGAAGCCGAAAAGAAAAAAACGGAAAAAACUAGCUUAGAUUCUAACGAGAUCAGCACGCCAGCAGUUGGAGUAACCGGGCCCAAUUGGACCAAUUUGAAUGUUGGCCCGUUCCAGUAGGCCCAAAAGUGUCUCGCAAUUCCGUCAUUCAUUGAACGAAUAAAUCUUAAAGAUCAUCGACAAAAGACGGUUCGAACAAUGUAACAACCAUCAGCGCUCCACGAAAACAUAAUCGAAAGGCGGAAAAUCUUUGUUUUGCCUCCAAAAACUAAUACUCAGAGGAACUUAGCCGAAUCAGCAUGUCUUCCGGCCUGAUGUCGUGUGUGAGGGAAAACUCCCCGCCGCUGGAGCCUGAGCUGGAUGUCACUGAUGGCGGAGCAGGAAUCGGAGCCGGCGGGCCAAUGUCGCUGCCUCCGGAGGGCGGACGGUCGCACGGCGGGGCCGUCACCUCCACGCCCAUCUCCAGUCCGGUGAACGAUGGCCACGAGCCAACCACAGCCGAGCAACAACAACAACAACACCAACAACAGCAGCAGCAGCAGAAGCGUCGACGUUUCCACCCACUCCGAAAUCUAAGGCGCAUCUUCCGACGCCGCACGAUCAACAGUUCCGCGGACAGUCCGGCCAACAGCAUCUGCCAGUCGCCCGGACAAGGAACCGGAAUUGGACCCGGACCCGGAUCCUGCAACACCUUGCCACCGCCGACGAGCAGCAGCAGCGAGAAGAACCUCCGCAACGUGCUAGCCUCUCCGCCGGGAUCGCCCCGGAAUAAGUCGCAUCCACUGCCGGAGGGCAGCUACCAGACCCAGUCACUGCCCAAGUCCAAGUCCUACGGCUCGCACCGUGAUGAGCUGCUGAGCGUGCUUCUCGGCAAGAAGCGGGCCACCAAGCAGGCGCAGCAGCAGCACAGCCUCGACAGCCAGGUGCAACAGCAAUCCCAUAGCCAGCCAUCCCAGUCCCAAUCUCAGCAAGAAGCCAUGUUUCAAGCCCAACAGCGGCAGCCCAGGGGCGUGGCCAUAUUCCCGGACGUGAUCGGCUUGAGCCGGAGCAGUUACUUUCCCACUGGGGAGCACUACCAGCAGCGGCAUCUCCGCAGUGUGGGCGACUCCUCCCAGGAACUGAUCUGCGCGGAGCGGGAGGGCGUCACGGGAUCUGGAGGCUCUGGGGCUGGAAGCGGAGCCGUCGACAUAUCCGACAGCCAACGCAGCCUUAGCGAAGGUCGCCUUCUGGAUGUCGAUGGGGACUAUUCACGGGAUCAACUUUCCCAAUCCCAUGAUAGCGUCUUCUCCGAAUCGGCUACAGCCAGCAGUCUUUCGAUAAUAUUAAAAGCUGAACUCACCGAUGUUUUGCGAAAGCGACGCAAUCGGCCGGAUGCCUCGGACGAGGAUCUGGGCUUGCCCAGGAGUCCCGCCUCGCCGCAGAGACGGGCUGCUGGCGGCAACAGCAGCCGGAACAACUCCGGAGUCAGCCACCAUCAGACAUCCUCCGUGAGCAUGCUGAGUGUGAACAGCAACGAGGCGGAAACGGAGGACAGCCAGAGCUCCAUGCACCAGAGACACCACUCCCGUGUGUCCACCAGCUCUUCCAUAUCGGUCAGCUCGGACAUACUGCGCUCCCAUAACGAGGACGACGUGGAUGCCGUGGGCGGGGAACGGCACAGGCUCUCCCAUGCCGCGGCCAAGCACAAGAUGGCCAUCAGGCCGGCCAAAAAGAAGGGUCCAACCCGGCAGCAUCGCAUGACUUUGGAGACUUCCAUACCCGAAGCCAAUGAGGAUGUGCUUAAGAUGAGCCCUGGUUUGAGAGGAGUUCAUGAGACGGAACUCAAGACCAAAACACGCUCGUUGCCACCCAAGUCAUUGACAGCCAUUUCAAUCCCUCCCGGCAAUGCUCUGACCACCACCAAGCGGACCAAGACCAUCGAGCAGACCCAAACCACAGUGACCAGCAGUUCGUCCAGUUCCACUACAUCGCAAGUCUUCGGAAGGCGGACCAUGAAGACCACCAACACUUUGCUGGAGAACCGCGGGGAGUCCUCCACCGAUGGAGAUGACAUCCUGGAGAGGGACGCCACCGAGAGCGGCUUCCUGCGCCGCCUGAUCCACCGCAAUUCGAAGCGUUCCAUCGCCAGGGCCAACGACGGCCUGGAGGACACCGACUCCAGCCAGAGUGUGGCCAAGAAGCUGCAGAUAUCGACCAGCUGCCUGGAAGCCGCCGCCCGGGAGCCGCUCUCCAUGCCGGACAAGUCGCGCAGUGCCACCUCCCACGAGCAACACAUCCAGGAGACGCGCCAGACCAUCAAGCGGGAGAUCCACAACGAGGGCAAGCACGGACUGAACGCCAUGGUCAGUAAUUACGGGGUCCAUCCCCAGCCGCCGACGGCCUUGAAGCCCAAAUCCGGGCCAGCUGCCCGGCAGCGCUAUGUGCCCCAGGAGCUUGGAGCAGGAACUCUAGUUCAGGAGAAGAUGUCCCCCGGAAACGAUGUCACGAAUUUACUAUCCAAGAGUUCCCGUGGCAACGACACCUUCCAGUCCACCACUUUGGUCAGGGAGCAGCAAACGAAGGUGGAGACACAUUCUAGUGGACACUUUGAGUCCCGGAAGCCGCGUAUCGUGGGACUGAGUGCCUUCCAGCAGAAGCUGUCCCGAUCCACCGACUCUGUAGGCCAGCACUCCAGCUCCUCGAACUCCCUGGAGACCAGCACGGACGAGCCCUCGCCAUUGUACUACGAGGAGAAGCAACGCAAAACGGUGGAGAAGUCGCGCAGCUUCCGGAACUACCAGGAGGACGGAGUGGAUAGUCAGGGAUCGGGUUCCGGCGUGGUGCACAAUAACAUGCCCAGUCUGCCAGACUUGUCACUCAGCUUCCGGGUGCCGUCCACAUACUACAAGCAGUCACCGCAGUCGCCGUGCUCUCCCAUGUCUCCGAACGCCAAGUGUGUGUCUCUGGGAUUCGAGAUCAACGACAACAAGCUGCUGCAGGCCCGGGCGGAGUCCACCGGACAGUUGGUUACCCCCAAGAGCCCUGGCGCCGCCAAACUACUGGUGGGCAGUGGUGCAUCCGGACCAACGAACAUCUCGCAGAUCGAGCAGAACAUCGAUAUGAUUGUCAAGUCGCCGCUGGUCAGUGUUCUGCGGAAGUCUACGGUGAUAACCACGACCGAAAAAGAGCCAUCUCCCCCGCCCAAACAGCGGCCAAGGGUCCUGGACUUGGGCGUUGCCAAGGUGGCGGCAGCGGCACCUGGUCCCAGUCCCAGUCCUGCUAGUCCUCUGACCAAGAGUGCUAAGCUAUCCAACAGUCCCCCCACCACGCCCGCAAAGAGUCAGGGCACAUCCUCCGGUCACAACAGCCGCCGUAAUUCCAGCAAUGUGGAGGCCACUGGUGAGCCGGAAUUCAUGAAGAUCCAGCUGAACCGAGUGGAUCAGGCGCGUCUGCAUCAGAAGACCAAUCACCUGGUCUUGGCCAAGAACCUCAAGUCCCCCGAAGAUCGCAGCCAGAGCAGCGAUGACCUGAGCUUCCGACGGAACAGUGGAGAGGGUCUGACGGGCAUUGAGAUUGUGGAGAAACCACUGAGUUCUGUGGUGCCGGUGCCGAAUCUGGGCAGGCAGCUGAGGUCCGUGAGUGCCAACAGCGUGAGGACGAGCUACGGCAGCAGCUGUGAGAGAUUAGCCACGCCAGUGACACCUGGAACGCCGUCUUCGCCAGCUACGCCACUAACCCCAGGAACACCCAAGAAUAAGGUCGUGGCUAAGGAAACUAAGGAGCAGGCUGGCAGUCCCAGGGAAUCUGUAAAGAGUAACCGACUUUCUCUCGAAGAUCGCAAGCGCUUGUUCCUUAACGAAGAGAAGCUGGAAAAAACAAAGGUGACGGAGCACCGUCGGAAGUCCAUACCCAAAGUGGACACAACAGCAGUAGCAGCGCCACCCACUCCAUCGGUGACCCCAGCAACGCCUGCCCUUCCCAUCAGCCCCGUGGAACAGCCAGAGGUCAACGGCAACACCUCACCCACCACAUCCAAUCCCGUGGUGCUCCGCAAGAAGUCCUUUGCCAGCUGCAAUGGAAAUCCAACCUCAAAGGACGAUCCCACGCCGGAGCUCAUGAAGGUCUUUGCCCGGCGCUCCCUGAAGGUGAAGGACGAGGAGGUGAUGGUGACCGUGACGCAGCAACAGCCGGUCCCCAUCAAGAAGAUGCCACCGACCCAGAGCGUGGACAGUGACAAGGAGAAUCAGUCAAACAGCGAGGAGAAACUGGACAAGCUGGCGGCCACUCCACAGACCAAUGGCGGGGAAGCCGGCAAAGUUAUCUCCCACAACCACCACCACCAUCCCAGCAGCAAUCGCAACUCUGUGGCCGAUUUCCGUAAUCUCAACAACAAUAACAACCAGGGAUCGAAGGUGACCUCGGUUCAGGCACAGGCUCAGCAGCAGCAGAAGGUGGUGUCCUACCUGCCGCCCAUCAAGGUCAGCAAUUCAGGACGCAAUAGCCUGAACAACAACAACAACAACAAUGGAGGAGUCAGCAAACCAGUGGGUGAGAGGUUCUCCCUGCAGCUGAAGCAGGCCACACCCACAGUGACCACUCCCUCUCCAACAACCCCACCGGCUACAGGAGCAGGAUCAGGAGCAACCGCACCCAGCAAACCGAUAGAGAGAUCCGCCACCGUGGGCGAAUUCAAGGGCAUCCACCAGAGACGCGCCGAGUGGGAGCAGCGGGCGAAGGAGGCACUUAAGUAGUAGGAGCACCACUGAAAACAAAAACCAAAAUCCAAAUUGCAAAAAGGGAAACAAUCAAAUCAAAAUAACAUUAUACAUCCACACAAAAGAUAUAAUGUAAAAUAUGUUGAGGGACAGGACUCUGGCCAUCCAAAGACAGUAGCGGCCUGAACACGUCCCGACCCGAAACCCGUAGCCUCGUAAUCCGUGACCCGCAACCCUCUAAUAGGCAAUAACUAUAUACCGAUCUUCAAAAAUAGCGACUAGCAUUGACUUAUUAUUUUGUAGUCCCACACACGUAUCGUUUACAACAGAAAUUACGAAAAUUAUGAAAAUUAAGCUUCGUUUCCGAAUUCGUUUCGUGCAUGUCGAGAAUGUUAUAAAAAUAAACGAACUCCAACUAACUUUAGAACUUAAAAAACGAAACAAACCAUUUAAGGACUGUGAGUAUAUUAUUAAAAUGGACAUUUCGAAGCCUCUGAUUUAAGUUUGAAUUCGGUAGAAGAGAAUGAUUUUACUAUCUAGGUUAGACCAGCUUAUUGUUAAUCUUUAGUGUCGUAUCAAUAUAAUUUCAAAUUACUUUGUUAUGUGUAAUCCCCGAUGAUCGCGAGCUUAGGUUGCGAAUCAGUAAGUUUAAGGAUACUUAACCAUAAUAUGUGAAGUGUACAAUUGUUAUCCAAGUGACAAGUUUGUAAAUGUACAUACAUCAAGGAAAUCAAACUCAUAAAUAUUCAGUAUGCAAAAAUAAAAAUUGUGUUAUGCUUUAUUAAAUAGUAUAUAAUAUAUUUUAUUAUAAAAAAAUGAACAAUAAACAAAUGCUUUAGGCCUAGGA